UCAUUGGUCACAUGACCAUGACUUUGGCUCAUGACUUCCUGUAUUACAUUCUGUUCUCCUGCAGGAAAACUAACGGAUACACUCGACUGGCCGAAAGAAGAAAAUACACCGAAAGCUUCUUAUCUAUGUGUGUGUAUGUGUUUUGGGGAGUUAGUUUCAACCGUCGUUCAAACUGCAAUGAGAAUGAAUGGCUAGCUAGCUGCAUGGCACGUUUGUUUCGUUUCAAACAAACUCACUCCAUUACAGUUCUUACACUGACGGUUUUAUUUUGACUUGAGGUAUAUUUACUUGACAUUAUGUCGAAAUACUCCGGCUUUCCUGAGCCACUGGACGACCAGAACCCUUUCCAGGACCCAGCAGUUACUCAACACAGCAGCAGCACGGGUUACGCCACACUGGACCUCUACAACCCAUUUGAGGGCACAGUUGAGCCUCCACCACCAUAUGAAGCCACUUCUCCCUCAACUCCAUCUGUGCCUGCACAGACCCCACCCAGCCGGAGAACCCCCACUGAACCUCGUAACUAUGGCUCCUAUAAUACCCACGACUCCCAGACUGCAGUAAAUGCCACCACAACAGAGCUGAUGAAAAAGCAAGAGGAGCUUGAGAGGAAAGCCCAGGAGCUGGAAAGGAGGGAGCGGGAGCUGCAGUCCCACACCUUGGGGCCUGGAGCCUCCCGUCAGAAUAACUGGCCACCACUCCCCUCGUUUUGUCCCGUUGGGCCCUGCUUCUACCAGGACAUCAAUGUAGAGAUUAGUCAGCACUUCCAGCGUACUGUCACCAUCAUGUACUACUUUUGGUUGUUUGGUGCUGGAACGCUGCUAUUCAACCUGAUUUCCUCAUUGGCAAUGUUCUGCAUUGAUACAUCCGUUGGUGUUGGUCUGGGUCUUGCCAUUCUCUGGGCGCUUCUCUUCACACCAUGCUCCUUUGUCUGCUGGUAUCGGCCUGCGUACAAAGCCUUCAGGAGUGACAGCUCUGUCAACUUCUUCUUCUUCUUCUUCGUUUUCUUUGCGCAAGUGGUUGUUUACGUCAUCAUGACAAUUGGCAUCCCUGGAUGGGGGUUCAGUGGAUGGAUCGUGAGCUUGACUGCUCUCAAACGAAGUGUUGCUGUCGGUGCAAUCAUGAUGAUGAAUGCCAUCCUUUUUACUGCACAGGCUGCCAUUGGGGUGUUCAUGCUGAAGAAGGUCCAUGGUCUUUACAGGCAGACCGAUGCCAGUUUUCAAAAGGCCCAGGCUGAGUUCGCCACUGGAGUCAUGUCAAAUCAGGCUGUCCGCCAAGCUGCUGCCAACGCUGCUGCCAACGCUGCUCAAGGGGCCUUCACCUCACCCCCACUGAGUAGUUAGGGGUGGGUGAGUUUGAGUGAAGUAGAGGCCUUCGAUCUGAUGAAGCAGGGGUGUCAAACUCAUUCUUGUCGAGGGCCACAAUGUAGGUACUGUUUCCCUCAGAGGGCCAUUAUGACUGGGGAAACCAUCAAAAUCUUUAAUUGCCUCAUCAUAUUCACAAAAAGACAUCUCGAAGACAACAUCUCAAGGUUAUCAUCCAUGAAGUAUGAAAAUUUGAAAUUUUGGUGCAGAUUUUCACAACAAUAACAGUAUUCGACACAGGUGAUAUGCCUUUGCGGGUCACAUGAAAUCAUUUGGUGGGCCAGAUCUGGCCCCCGGGCCCUGAGUUUGACACCUGUGUGAUAAGGGAUCAGUCGGAUAUUGAUUUUCCCCACCAGUGAUUAGAUUUCAAUGAGUGAGGAACAUGAGUCUCUGUAAUUACCCAGAGGAAACUAAAGUACAUGAGCCCAUGGGGUUAUAUAAUGUGUAUAAAUGGUUAUUUGAUGUGUUUAAUAGGAAUUCAACAUUUAUAAGUUUUGAUUCAUACAGCUGGCGUUACAUUCAUAGGCUCUAUGAAGGUUUGAGUUGAGUACAGGUCAAAAGCUUUUAGAAACAGAAUACCAAAUUUACAAUGUUGGAAGUCGCACUAGCCAGGAUACCUUCCAUUUUUAAUGACAUUUGAUGUGGUUGCAACCAUCACAUUAAGACAAUUUGGUUAUGAGCAUAUGCUAAGAUGUCUGUGUUUAAAGCUUACUUUGAAAGCCUAAUUUUUCAACUUGUACCAAAAUGCUUUUGUUGUAUAAAACUAAAAAUUUCAAACGAUUGCCUAGUUGUUGUUGCCAAAAGCUCACACACUGUAAGCACGGAAUUUUUCUUUGUCAUAUCGUUAUGUUGGUGCAUCUUGUUGUUAUGACUCGUCUUUGUUUUAAUACAAAUAUAUUGACAUGCAUUCA